AAUGGGUAAAUAUAACUAUGAACCAAAUGGUAUGAUCUCAAUCUCAUAACAACCAACACAAAUGGCAGAAGAAGAAGAAGAAGAAACUGUUCAUAGAAAGCACUACAAACCCAACGAUCCUCUUUCUCUUCUUCUUCAAUGUGCAGACUUGGUACUACCAUGGCUAACCCCAACAGAACUCGCCAACAUUUCCAUCUGCUGCAAAUCCCUUCGCAAAAUCUCCAACUCCAUCACUCUCCACCGCUCCUCCGAUGCUUCUAGAACCUUCGAGAACUUUCCAAUCCCAUUUCAUAACACCGUCGAUGACCACCCUUACGCUCACUUCCUCUACACCCCUUCCUUCCACUUUCCCUCCCACCAGCUCUUGCGUCAACCUUGGGGCUCUUCCGUAAUUUCACCUUCCGCGCCGAGUCAGCUUCGGUCGGAAUCGGUGAGUCUGGUUGACGAGUUGGGUCGUAGCGUGAUGUCUGGGUGUGACUGCUGCGAGGCUUGUGGGGAUUCGGGUUGUCCGUGUUUGGGGUUGGAUGGGUUGGAUGACGUGGGAAGGGAGUGUGGACCGGGUUGCCGGUGUGGACCGGAGUGUGGGAACCGGUCGAGCCAGAAAGGGGUUGCGGUUCGGGUGAAGAUUGUGAGGGAUGAGAGGAAAGGGUGGGGUGUGUGGGCUGACCAGUUCAUUCGGAAAGGGGAAUUCGUGUUUGAGUAUGCAGGUGAACUCUUGACAACCAAGGAAGCACAAAGCAGACAUCAGUAUUAUGAUGAACUUGCAUUGCAUGGUCGUUUCUCUUCUGCUCUUUUAGUUGUAAGGGAGCAUCUUCCAUCUGGAAAGGCAUGCUUGCGAUCGAACAUUGAUGCCACAAGAAUAGGAAAUGUGGCACGGUUUGUUAAUCAUUCAUGUGACGGUGGGACUUUAAGCACAAAGCUAGUUAGAAGUUCAGGAGCUUUGUUCCCCCGCCUUUGCUUCUUUGCUUUGAAAGAUAUCCAACACGAUGAAGAGCUUACUUUUAGCUAUGGAGAAACAAGGAAAAGGCCCAAUGGUUUGCCAUGCUUUUGCAACAGCCCUUCUUGCUUUGGAACAUUGCCCUCAGAAGACACUUGAGAUAUAUUACUGUUUAGACUCAUUUGCAGUUUAACAAGACAAUUCCUCAUCACUGUGUUCCUUCUCUCCAAGACUCAAAACCUAUUUGCAAAUAUUUUGGAAUUACAACUACAUCUAAGCAUAGAAGAUGUAGUUUGUAAUCCAUUUUUUUUUUGCUAGGGGAAUGAAUAGAUGUAGUUUGUUGAAGUCUGCAAUUUGUUGAGCAAAUUUUGCUUUUCUUAG